AUGUAUAUCAAAGGACCUCACGCCGAAACCGAGCUUCCAGUGCUCAGGAAGCUAAUUCGAGAGAACCCAUUGGGUCUUCUGACUACUGCCAUUCCCUCCCCAAACUUCUCCUUUCUUCAGUCCAGCCAUAUCCCUUUCGUUCUAGAUAUCGAAGAUGAGACAAGCGAGACGGAGUUGGGAAAGCUACGCGGUCAUCUCGCCAGAGUCAACCCUCAGAGCAAAGCCAUGAUCGAGAACCUUACCGAAAAUCCAAACCUGAAUAACGUAAUCGAGCAAGACGUUAUUGUGAUUUUCAACUCUCCGAUUCAACACUAUGUCACACCAAAGUUCUACACAGAAACCAAGCCUACGUCUGGAAAAGUCGUUCCAACAUGGAACUACGCCGCAGCACAAGUCUACGGCCGGGCCAAGAUCUUUUACGAUACCAAGACCGAUGAGGCUGGACAAUUUCUUUCUAAACAGAUUUCUGAUCUCAGCCGACAUGCCGAGACUAAUGUCAUGGGCUUUACUGGCGGCGACAAUCCUGUGGACUGGAAGGUAUCUGAUGCCCCUGACCGAUUCAUCGAGCUUCUGAAGAAGAGUAUCAUCGGAAUCGAGAUUGAGAUUACGCACAUGGGAGGAAAAUUCAAGAUGAGCCAAGAGAUGGGCAUGGGUGAUCGAGAAGGAGUCAUCAAGGGCUUUUCUAGGCUUGAAUCUGAGACUGCGAAGGGGAUGUCGAAGCUGGUUCAGACUCGAAGUGAUUUGAAGGAGGCGAAAAAGGAGAGCGGUAAAUUGGAUAUCUAG